UGUCACUUGCUGCUAGACACGCCCCUCCCGGAGCUGCUACUGCAAGUCCUCAGUGAUCGGGCCGGUACCAGAGACACAGGGGCAAGCAGAUUUACUAUAUCCCGUGAGAACCGGUGGAGCUUCGUUCCUCAGUGUACAGCACCAGUUUCAGAGCUAAGAGCAGUCUACGGAGGGACAACUGUUGUCUAGUUAUUUUUAAGAUAGGGUGACCAGACGUCCCCGAAUUGAGGAGACUGUCCCCGGACAAAUUAUGUCUCCGGAAGACGGAUGGACUGCGCUGCGCCUGUUAAAACACAUUCUAACACCUUCAGCACGAUCAGCUGUCCAGGGGCGGAGUUACUACUAGCGGUGCAGAAGUGGGAUUCAGUGCAGUCAGCAGCACAUGCACUUUCCAGACUAUGAACUAUGUAGGGCAGUUUCUGGUUACAGUGAGGGACCUGUACAAAGGUAUUAACCAGGCUACCCUAUCCGGCUGCAUUGAUGUCAUUGUGGUCCGUCAGCAGGAUGGCACCUACCUGUGCUCACCUUUCCAUGUCCGGUUCGGGAAGCUUGGAGUUCUACGUUCGAAGGAAAAAGUGAUAGACAUAGAAAUCAAUGGGGAUCCAGUGGAUUUGCACAUGAAACUUGGUGACAAUGGAGAAGCCUUUUUUGUACAGGAAACAGAAGAAGAAAAUGAACAAGUCCCUGCAUAUUUGGCAACCUCGCCUAUACCCACAGAUGAUCAGUUUUUCAAGAGUACUCAUGUGCCAAAUACACCAGAAGAGGAGAAGAGUUUUUCAGUUUCACAUCCUUUUGAUCUGGAGAACGUCAGCACAGGGUCUGUAAAAAAGAAAAAGCGGAGGAGGAGGAAAGUGAAGCAUGAAGUCAAAAAGGAAGAUGUCCCGCCUUCCCCUGCUCCGGAAGAAAUCUUUGAACUUGAGGUCAGCUCUGAUGAAGGAAGCUUAAUUCAACCGUCAAGGUCAUCUUCAAGCACAGCAUCAAAAGAAGAGGAGUACAGAGAGACUUUUAUCUGCCAUUCAUCAGACCACUAUGCUUUAUCUGAUGGGGACUGGUCGCCACUUGACAGUGGUUUUUCCCAAUCAGUUGGUCCAAAGAGUGACUCUGAGCUGGAAGUUAAACCAAGUGAAAAUAUGCAUAGAGAGUCUCAUAUGGAAUGGACGUGGGGGGGUUUCCCAGAAUCUACUAAGGUGUGUAAAAAGGAAAGAACAGAAUAUCCAAGAACAGCCACCAUAACCCCAUCUGAGAAAACACAUUUUAGGGUGAUUAGCUCAGAGGCAAUGACAGGAGGAAUCGAUGAGACAUUGAUGGAAGAAGCUGUAUGCACCGUACUAAAACCAGAACCAAGACCUUGUUCUAUAAAUAUUCAAGUAGCUACAGAUACAUUGCCAGAAACUCCCCCUGAAAGCAACCCAGACACUCCCUCUAGUCCAGAAGAAGACCCUGAGUGUAUAGAUACUGUAUCGGAUAUGAAAUCUUCAUUAAAGACAGACUCUCCUUCAAAAAAGAAAGGUGUGCGUAAAAGGAGUCAACAUCAAGGUCCUGGUGAUAUUUAUCUGGAUGAUUUAAAUGUCUUAGAACCUGAAGAAGCAGCGCUUUAUUUUCCUAAAAGUGAAUCGGAUCCAGGUUCCAGGCAGUGGGUAGAAUCAGAAACCUUUUCAGGAUCCCAGUCUCCUCAGUCUGUUGGGAGCGCAGCUGCUGACAGUGGUACCGAGUGCCUUUCAGACUCUGCCAUGGAUCUCCCAGAUGUUACUCUCUCGCUAUGUGGUGGCCUCAGUGAGAAUGGAGAGAUCUCAAAAGAGAAAUUCAAGGAGCACAUUGUUACUUAUGAACAAUUUGCUGAAAACCCUGGAAUCAUUGACAAUCCUAAUCUUGUAGUGAGAAUUUAUAACCGGUAUUACAACUGGGUGCUGGCAGCGCCUAUGAUUUUAAGUAUGCAGGUGUUCCAGAAAAACCUACCUAAGAAUACUAUUGAAUCAUGGGUAAAAGAGAAGAUGCCAAAAAAGUCUGGAAGAUGGUGGUUUUGGAGGAAGAGAGAGAGUAUGGUAAAACAGCCAGACAUGAAGGAUGAGAAACUGGAUUCAGAAAGUAACAACAUGGAAAUGUCUGAUAAAAAUGAACAAAAUCUAAGGAAACCUAAUUCUGAAGGAUUGAGGCUUUACUUACCAUCAGCUAAUGAUAACACAUCAAGUGAUGAGGAGUCAUUGGAACUGAAACAGAUACAGGAAUCUGCUCCAGUGGAACAUCAAAGCCAUGGAGGUGGAACAACGUACCGCAAGACUCUCCGGCUGUCCUCGGAUAAAAUAGAAAAACUAAAGCUUCGCAAUGGCCCGAAUGAUGUUGUUUUUAGUAUAACAACCCAAUAUCAGGGAACAUGCAGAUGUGAAGGCACAAUUUAUCUAUGGAACUGGAAUGACAAGAUUAUCAUAUCUGACAUAGAUGGUACCAUUACUAAGUCGGAUGCCUUAGGACAGAUACUGCCACAACUGGGGAAAGACUGGACACAUCAAGGCAUUGCAAAACUCUAUCACUCUAUACAUGAGAAUGGGUACAAAUUCCUGUACUGCUCAGCUCGUGCCAUUGGGAUGGCAGAUAUGACAAGGGGAUAUUUACACUGGGUUAAUGACAGAGGUACUAUCCUACCCAGGGGACCACUAAUGCUGUCUCCCAGCAGCCUCUUCUCUGCAUUCCACAGGGAGGUCAUAGAAAAGAAACCUGAAAAGUUCAAGAUUGAGUGCCUUGAUGAUAUCAAAAACUUAUUUGCUCCCUACAAGCAACCAUUUUAUGCUGCUUUUGGAAACCGUCCCAAUGAUGUUUUUGCUUACAUGAAAGUAGGAGUACCAGAAUGUAGAAUAUUUACUGUGAAUCCAAAAGGCGAGUUAAUACAGGAACUAACAAAAGGCAACAAGACAUCGUAUAGCAGACUGAGUGAGCUGGUGGAACAUGUUUUUCCACUGCUUGAUAAAGAACAGAAUUCUGCAUUCACGUAUCCAGAUUUCAGCUCCUUUUCCUUUUGGAGAGAACCGUUGCCAGAAUUAAGCAUGGCCGACUUGACAUAACUGAUGCUAUAAAAACUUCUUGAACUGCUAAUCGACAUUAAAUAAUUUAUAUUGAAGAUUACUUACCUGAAGUAUUACCAGUUGGGAAAGCUGGCAUUUUAUCUUAAUAUCGGAUGCCUCUGAACCACUUUGUCGUACAGUCAGUCCAUAAUUUGUAAACAGUAGAAAAUAUUGUAUACUGUUGAUAUUCAGGGAGUUAAUGUAAAAAUGAUUUUAUUUUAAUACAAUAUCCCAAUUUGUUGUAAAUGAAAUUUCUUUUUGAAGGAAACACAUUUUAUGUUCAUUUCAGGAUAUGUUUCCAAGGCACUUUAAUCUUAAUAAUGGCUCACAAAUGUCUAAUAGUUAAGUUCAUUCUGUUGCCUUUUGAGAUUAACCUCAACACAAGGAGGAAUUUGCAGUCCUUUGCUGUGCAACUGUCUGCAAUCCCUCUUUAGUGGUGCAGGGUUUUAAUUCCAAACAAUUAGGGGGGGGGGAUUAGUCAAUUAUAUAUGUAUGAUGUGAAAAUGUGUAUUCUUGGUUAUUUUCUGUAUGAGAGGCGUCCUACAAGAAAUUUGUCCGCAUUGUAUUUAUUUUACAAUCCUUUUCCAUUUCAGGCCACUUAAACAAUCUGUGCUAUAUGGCAGGUUGGUGUGGAAUUUAGUUUUAUGAUCUGUGUUAAUCUAAGGCGAAAGUCUAUAAAAAUGUUUGCUUCAUAAGCAAUUUUGUUCAUAUAACAUCCAUGUUAAUGUGAACAUAACUUCUGUACUUUAAAUUUGUAUUUCAAGUUUCCAGCGAAAAUAAAUCAAGCUGCAAAUGUGAAA